AUGUAUUUUUCUUCUUCCGAGUGCAUCAUCUGGGUUACAGUAUUUGCCGCCGAGUUUCUUACUAUAGUAAUAGUGAACCUCCUUUCAAUCAUUGUCUUUAUAAAGAACAGAGGCCUUCGCACUCGCAGGAUGUACUUGGUUAUAAGUUUAACCGUAGCGGACAUGUUGGCUGGAGGACUUUCCGGGAGUGUCUUGCUUUUCAAAGUCCCUGCCUGGAAAAGUUGUGACUUUGUAGAGGUUUAUCCGGUAGUCCCUCUUAUCUCCCUGACAAACAUUACUGUGAUUUCGUUAGAGCGAAUGCACGCCACGUUUCGUCCAUUGAGGCAUCGGCUCGUCAAGAGAUGGGUUUACGUGGUAGCAGUUACUGUUGUCUGGGUUUUUCCUGGUAUUACAUCAGGCUUGGAGAAAGAAAGAAAAAUUCUGAAAAUAUGCGUUAAUUUUUUAUGGGAAGCACACAGUAUUUUGUGUUUAUUUGUUAUCUUCGCUUCGUAUACAUCCAUUUUCCUUAAGUUUCGUUUUAGAGCACAUCCACAACGCCAUUUUGCAGCCAAUUUAAGACAGAAGAAACUUACCGUCACAUUGUUUAUAACAACUUUAGUAUCUUUACUGAUGUGGCUACCGUACAAUAUAUUCAAGUUUCUUGGCAUAACUUCUAAUGGAAUUUCAAAUUCUACCACAAUACUCUUGAAUGUCGAUCUUUUUUUUGUCUUAUUAUUUUUUGCAAACUCUCUUGUAAAUCCCAUAUUAUACACAGUCAGGAUGCCGGAAUUUAAAAAAGCUCUGUUCUCAUUGUUU